AUGUCGUCCAUCGAUAUCAUCGACCUCCGUGCGCAGCGUGCUCGCGACCUUAGGGGCGAGCGCACCCUCCGCGACGACGUCCUCGCUGGUCUGUCUCAGCCGUCGGGCCAGAAGUGGCUUCCCACCAUGCUUCUGUAUGACGACUAUGGGCUGAGGUUGUACGACGAUAUCACAACCAAGGCGCCCGAGUACUAUCUUUUCUCAGCAGAAGAGCAGAUCCUCAAGACCCAUGCAGAUGACGUGGCCCGCAGUAUGCACGCCCCUUCUCUGGGAUCGUUACAUGGCCAGCAAUUGAACACGGAAGAAGUAGUCGUAGAGCUUGGUGCUGGUGCUUUACGAAAAACUUCGCAUAUCCUCUCUGCACUCUCACGGCUCGCUCCAGCUGGACCCUAUCCUCUCUUCAACUAUUACGCACUCGACCUCGAACAGCGCGAGCUCGAGCGCACUCUCGCUGCACUUAAUUCUUCAGACGUAGGCGAACAGAUACACGGAAAGGUUGCCACUAGAGGCAUGUGUGCAACGUACGACGACGGGCUGAAGUUCAUCCAGGAGGGCGGCUUAGAGGGCAGGAAUGGUUUUUCGACGGACGCAUCAGAUCUAUUCAAACUGGAGCACUCUGGAAGAGACAUCUCACCCAGCUCCGCGACGUCCUCGAGAAGUGCAGCAGAAACGGAUGAGACGCCACCUUCAACGCCGGGCUCCCAUCAGCCGCUGCACAUCCUGUUCCUAGGAUCGUCGCUAGGGAACUUUUCUCGUGGAGACGAUGCUGCGUUUUUGCGCUCGCUGCCGCUUGGUGCCGGUUCGGGCGAUACCUUGCUUUUGGGCUUGGACCACGACAAUGAACGCAGCGAGAUCGAGGUUGCGUAUAACGACUCUCAAGGCAUUACCACCAAGUUCAUCAUGAACGGGCUGAAGUGUGCUGGCCGCGCGCUCGGCGACGAGCAUGCCUUUGACGAAAACAAGUGGGAGUAUGUCGGGAAGUACGACGAGGAAGCACGCCGCCAUGAGGCUUAUUAUAAGUCGACUUCGAAGCAGACUAUUGUGGAUCCUACCACGGGCGCGGAGUAUUCCUUCGAUAUGGGCGAACUCGUCCGCAUUGAGGUUUCCCAGAAGUACUCCGAUAAGGAUGCGUAUGCUCUCUUCACGGAUGCCGCCCUCCGCCCCAUCCAGCGCUGGACCGACAGCACGUCCAAGUAUUCGCUCUGGCUCCUCGAGCGCCCCCAGUUCGUGUUCCCGCUUCUGGCUUUCCCCCGUGGUUCGGCUGCUACCACACCAUUUGGCAUGCCUACCGUCGAAGAAUGGCACACGAUGUGGGCGGCUUGGGACCUUAUCACGUGUUGCAUGAUCCCGCCCUCGAUGUUGUUCCAAAAGCCGAUUGACCUGAGGCACAUCUGUUUGUUCUACUGCGGACAUAUCCCCACGUUCCUGUCCAUUCACUUGUCGAGAGUGCUUGGGGAAGCCGACACGGAUCCCGUGGAGUUUAAGUACAUCUUUGAGCGCGGAAUCGACCCGAUUGUGGAUGAUCCUACUCAGUGUCAUCCUCACUCGGAAGUUCCCAAGAGCGAUGACGAAUGGCCCUCCCUCGCUAGCAUCGUGGUGUUCCAGUCCAGGGUGCGCGAGCGGCUGAUGCGGCUCUACCGGGAUAUUAACUCUGGCAAAAUCACACUGACGAGGAAGCUUGCGAGAGUGUUGUUCAUGACGCUCGAGCACGAAGCUUUCCAUGCAGAGACGCUACUCUACAUACUCCUGCAGCGUGCGGGCACUGGCACACUACCUCCUACUGGCUUCAGUCCUCCAGUUUGGUCGACGCUCGCCAGUGGUUGGGAUCACGAUCCGCUGCCGUCUACGUCAACCGUUACGCUUGGUCCUGCCACCGUGACGCUUGGACAUGACGACAACGAAUCAGAGGACGCAUGCGCCGACGUUGAAGGUCAUGCAUUUGGUUGGGACAACGAGCAUCCCAAGAGAGAAGUCCACGUCGGCGAAUUCAAAAUUGAAUGGCGGCCGAUUACCAAUGGCGAGUUCUAUAAGUAUUACUCUAGCAAGGGCAAGGAGGCUGUCAAGUUCCCCGCCGGCUGGGUCGAGAUGGACGGCGAGGUCCAAGUUCGCACCCUGUAUGGGCCAGUCCCUAUGAAUGUCGCGAAACAUUGGCCCAUUGUCACCUCCUAUGAUAACUUGUCGACGUACGCAAGGGUGAGAGGCGGCCGCAUCCCCACCGAGCCCGAACUACGCCUCUUCAUGGACAUGUUCGAUUGCGGAUACGAGGGAGGUGCCAACAUCGGGUUUAGAAACUGGCACCCUAUUCCUGCUACCACUGGUCGCAACAAGGACGGUGGGAAGGGACAUAACGGUGGUGUUUGGGAGUGGACUUCCACGCUACUUGAGAAAUAUGACGGAUUUAUCCCGUCUCGCCUCUACCCUGGCUAUUCGACCGACUUCUUUGAUGGCCACCAUCAAGUUGUGCUUGGCGGUUCGUACGCAACCAUCCCACGUCUUGCAGAGCGGCGGACGCUGCGCAACUAUUACCAGCACAACUACCCGUACGCCUGGGUCGGGGCUAGGAUCGCGUACGAUGUGACGAAGUAA